UAAUCCAGUUGUCUUUCACAAGGGUUAUUCAUGGCUAAUUGGCCAUUAUUUCUGUCUUUUUGCUGAUAGCACAAUUGAGUGGAACUGGCCAACAAGAGGGGGAGUGAAUGCUUCACUUUUUCCACAAGGACAGUGUGGAAUCAGCCAGAAUUCUUCUUGGUGUCACUCACAUUAGUUUGCCCUUCCUCCCCACAUUUACCAGCAAAAGACCAGACCUUGAGAAGUCAGGCACAUGCACCAGCAACAGACUCCGUCAACUAAGGGAAAAAAAUUUCAGAGGACACUGGAGGAUCUGAUCAAGGAUGUGUUGCAUCAUUCAAUGCUUCAAACAGAGAAAAGAGAGCAAAGAAGAACAAUGGAGAUAAAAGUCAAACCAGAAAGCACGGAGCUCAUGUUAAGCUCACGGACGACCAAAAUGAGAUGCUGAAGUGUCAAAGUUAUCAAGAAGCAAAGGAAACAGAACCAAAGGCUUUCCUGUCGUGCAGAACUCUUUUCACAGCAACCGUCCGUCCAAGCCCACACAUUAGCCUCCAUGGCCGAGCAGACAAAACUCCUUAUCCAGCAACCCUCCUUUAUGCUCACACGCUCAUUUUCACAUUCAGGGUACAAGUUGAAUUUUAUAUGAAUGAAAACACAUUUAAAGAGAGACUGAAGCUAUUUUUCAUCAAAAACCAAAGAUCAAGUCUCAGAAUACGAUUGUUCAAUUUUUCUCUCAAGUUAUUGAGCUGCUUCUUAUAUAUAAUUCGAGUACUCCUUGAUGAUCCUACACAAGGACAUGGAUGCAAGGAAUUAAGCAAGGGCUGUUCCAGUCAAAAUCACACACCUGCAAAGAUUGAUUGGUCUCCUAUCAUUUGGGUGAACCGAAGCUUGCCUUUAUGGGGAUUACAGGUUUCAGUGGCUUUGAUAAGUCUGUUUGAAACAAUGCUGCUGGGUUAUCUGAGCUACAAGGGGAACAUCUGGGAACAAAUUUUGAGAAUACCCUUCCUCCUGGAAAUAAUCAACGCUGUUCCCUUUAUCAUUACAAUUUUCUGGCCUUCACUAAGAAACCUAUUUAUUCCUGUAUUUUUAAAUUGCUGGCUUGCCAAACAUGCUUUGGAGAAUAUGAUUAAUGAUCUCCAUAGAGCCAUUCAACGUACACAGAGUGCAAUGUUUAACCAAGUUCUUAUUUUAAUAUCCACAUUGUUAUGUCUUAUCUUCACAUGUAUUUGCGGAAUUCAGCAUCUGGAGAGAGCAGGAAACAAGUUGACUCUCUUUGACUCCCUUUAUUUCUGCAUAGUGACAUUUUCCACUGUGGGCUUUGGGGAUGUUACACCCAAAAUCUGGCCUUCAAAACUGCUGGUUGUUAUUAUGAUCUGUGUUGCCCUUGUGGUGUUACCCAUACAGUUUGAACAGCUGGCUUAUUUGUGGAUGGAGAGACAGAAGUCUGGGGGUAACUAUAGUCGACACAGAGCUCAGACAGAGAAACAUGUGGUACUGUGUGUCAGCUCCCUGAAGAUUGAUUUGCUUAUGGAUUUCUUAAAUGAGUUCUACGCUCAUCCCAGACUGCAGGACUAUUAUGUGGUUAUUUUAUGUCCUACUGAGAUGGAUGCUCAAGUACGAAGGGUGCUGCAAAUUCCAAUGUGGUCACAAAGAGUUAUCUAUCUGCAAGGAUCUGCACUGAAAGAUCAGGACCUGUUGAGAGCUAAGAUAGAUGAUGCUGAGGCAUGUUUCAUUCUUAGCAGCCGGUGUGAAGUAGACCGUACAGCAGCUGAUCAUCAAACCAUUUUAAGAGCAUGGGCAGUUAAAGAUUUUGCUCCAAAAUGUCCUUUAUAUGUCCAAAUAUUAAAACCUGAAAAUAAAUUUCACAUCAAGUUUGCAGAUCACGUUGUAUGUGAAGAGGAGUUCAAAUAUGCUAUGUUAGCUUUAAAUUGUAUCUGCCCAGCUACAUCUACGCUAAUCACCCUGCUGGUUCAUACCUCUAGAGGACAGGAGGGUCAACAAUCACCAGAACAGUGGCAGAAAAUGUACGGCAGAUGCUCUGGUAAUGAAGUAUAUCACAUAAAUCUGGAGGACAGUACAUUUUUUCCUGAAAUUGCUUCUUUCCAUGCACAUAAAAAGUUUGGAGUCUGUUUGAUUGGUGUUAGGAGGGAAGAUAACAAAAACAUUCUGCUGAAUCCAGGCCCGCGAUAUAUUAUGAGCUCUACAGAUAUUUGUUUUUAUAUCAACAUCACCAAAGAAGAAAAUUCAGCUUUUAAAAAACAAGAACAGCAUAGAAAAAAUAAUGAAUGCAAGUCAUUUUAUCAUGGACCGUCUAGGUUGCCCUUGCAUAGUGUAAUUGCCAGUAUGGGGACCGUGGCUAUAGAUUUACAAGAUACAGGAUACAGAUCUUCCGCUGGACCUACUUUAACCCUUCCUUCAGAGGGACGUAAAGAUGGCAGAAGAUCUAGCAUAGCACCUGUUUUGGAGGUGGCAGACUCCUCAUCGCUUCAGACAUGUGAUCUUCUAAGUGACCAGUCAGAGGAUGAAACCACUCCCUCAGAUGAUGACAUUUCAAUGACUUCAGAGUAUGCUAAAGGUUAUCCUCCUUACUCUCCUUAUAUUGGAAGUUCUCCCACAUUUUGCCAUCUGCUGCAUGAAAAAGUGCCAUUUUGUUGUUUAAGAUUGGACAAGGGAUGCCAACAUAACUACUAUGAAGAUGCCAAAGCCUAUGGAUUCAAAAAUAAAUUGAUUAUAGUUGCAGCAGAGACAGCUGGAAAUGGCUUAUACAACUUUAUUGUUCCACUCAGAGCUUAUUAUAGACCAAAGAAAGAACUUAAUCCUAUUGUAUUGCUUCUGGAUAACCCGCCAGAUAUGCAUUUUCUGGAUGCAAUCUGUUGGUUCCCAAUGGUUUACUACAUGGUGGGCUCUAUUGACAACCUAGAUGAUUUGCUAAGAUGUGGCGUGACCUUCGCGGCCAACAUGGUGGUCGUGGACAAGGAAAGUACUAUGAGUGCUGAGGAAGACUAUAUGGCAGAUGCCAAGACUAUUGUCAAUGUACAAACUCUUUUUAGGUUGUUUUCCAGUCUAAGCAUUAUCACCGAACUAACUCACCCAGCUAAUAUGAGAUUCAUGCAGUUCAGAGCCAAAGACUGCUACUCUCUUGCACUAUCAAAAUUAGAAAAGAAAGAACGGGAGAAGGGUUCUAAUCUGGCAUUCAUGUUUCGACUACCUUUUGCUGCUGGAAGGGUUUUCAGCAUCAGUAUGUUGGAUACGCUUCUGUACCAGUCAUUUGUGAAGGAUUAUAUGAUCUCUAUCACAAGACUACUGUUGGGACUAGAUACCACACCAGGAUCUGGAUUUCUUUGCUCGAUGAAAAUCACAGAAGAUGAUCUAUGGAUUAGGACAUAUGCCAGACUCUACCAGAAACUUUGUUCUUCAACAGGAGAUAUCCCUAUUGGAAUCUAUAGAACUGAAUCCCAAAAACUUACAACAUCUGAGUCACGAGAAAUAGCUUCACAAUCUCAAAUCUCUAUCAGUGUCGAAGAAUGGGAAGACACUAAAGAUACCAAAGAACAAACAAAUAACCGCAAUAGCCAUCGCAACUCCACAUCCAGUGAUCAGUCAGAUCACCCUUUGUUGAGACGGAAGAGCAUGCAAUGGGCCCGACGGCUGAGCAGAAAAGUGCCAAAGCACUCUGGCAAAACAGCGGAGAAAAUAAGUCAGCAGCGUAUGAGCCUUUACAAGAGGUCAGAAAGACAGGAACUUGCUGAGCUUGUGAAGAACAGAAUGAAGCACUUGGGACUUUCCACAGCAGGAUAUGAUGAAAUGAAUGAUCAUCAAAACACCCUCUCUUACAUCUUGAUCAAUCCUUCACCAGAUACAAGACUAGAACUGAAUGAUGUUGUUUAUUUGAUCCGUCCCGAUCCACUGGCAUAUGUUCCAAACACCGCAACCAGCCGCAAAAAUAGCUUUUGCAAUACCAUUGGGCAAGACACCAGAGAAGAAACGCAACUUUGAUACAUUAUUGUGCUAAAUGAUUAGAGACCAUUUUUAUAUUGUUUCCAGUAACUGUUUCAAAAUCGAAUCAAAAUGGAGUGGUUAUAUUUGGUUCAGAUCCUGUUUGGACUGUUGAUAAUGCUAUCUGAUAAGAAGCAAGUAUUUAAGUGUGCGAAAACAGGUACUCUAAACACCAUGUCUGCAGCCUGCUCCAGUGAUUUUGGCAGUGGAACUUUGUCACAUAAUAAUGGAAUGAUUCUGAAAAGCUGGUCCUCUACUCUCCAGGCUUCCCUCAUCCAGCUACACUUGGGGUCCAGCAUACCUGUGGGUUCACUCAUGGGGCAGAACUGGGCCCCAUACCAACCAACUCUUCCUCCACGCUCCCAGAGCUCAUUUGCAGUGUUCAAGCUCAGGGAGGGAGACACAGAAAUGGCAACAGGGUGAGGGGCCCUUGGGGGAAGAAACAGGAUGGCUGCAGAUCCCUGCAGCUGGGGGCCAGGAGAGUAGCCCCACUGUUGGUGGCAGCCAAGUGGCCGGCAUUGACCAAGUGUGUAUGAUGGGGGGCACAUUCAGGGGAAAAGACGGCAACUCUGCUUCUUCUCCCAAGAACCCUCCCUCCUAUCCCCCUCAGUCAAUCCCAGCCCCUCUGCUGCCACCAAACUGGAGCCCCGCAGCUGCAGAGGGAUGGGCAUUGGCCUCCGCUGGUCCAGCAGAUUCUCUGGUCCGGGACCAAUCAGGUCCCAGCAGUGCCAGAGCAAGGAGAUACAAGCUGCUUUGCAUCUUAACAACUUAAUUGGGACAAAUUCCAUCAUUGUGAAUUUAAUUGCUGCUUCUAAAUGUAAUGUUCACCAAACGGAUAGUGAGUCACUGACUAAGCCUCUGACUCAUAACUGGAAAAAUCGCAAUGUGCAAAACAUAUGAAUGCCCUACACAGACACUGGUACACACAUAGGGGCGUAUUUUAGUUGUAGUAAAUAUUCCUAUUUAAGGUAGCACUCAAAGCCCAUCAAGACUAUGUACCAGACUCACAGACCCAUGAAAUCAUUUUCAGGUUGUCUCUUUGUCCACUUAUUUUAGUACAGAGUAAUUUUAUAGGCCCAAUACAGACCUCUAGGAUGCAUUCAAUUAUUAGUUCUGCUGGGUUUACAAGGAGAUCAGUUUGCAGAGGUACGAAAAGGGAACCCUACAAGACAUAUUCUAAGGGAUUUCCACUGGAUAAAUCCUGGCAGGAAAACAUGGAUGUUUUGGUUUUACAGAACUUCUCUCGCGUGCUCGUUCGCUCUCGCUUACACACGCACAUUCAUGCGCACCAUUCAAAAUUUUAAAGAGUAAUGGGUCUUCCCUAGUGACAGGAAUAGUGCUAUCUCCUCAUGAUUGUGAAGAAAACCUUCUAGAUGAGGUACACAAUAUCCAUACAUAUUUAAAAAAUGAUGCUUGAUGUGUAAAUUGCCAUGUUCAUCUGAAUGGGUUGUUACCUUGAAAUCUCAAGAAUUAAAGGAAAGACUUAUCACCUUCAUGUUUAGUUAAUGUACAUCUCAGACCCUAAAUGCCUGCUAUAUCUAUGCAGAUGGUAAUAGCCCCAAAUGUUCACUCUAGUAUCCAAUGGCCAACUCCUCCAGUGUUCCCUCAAAAACUUCUGAACCAGAUGCACACUUUCAAUAUAAAAUUAUGCAGCUUGAAAAUUAAAGAGCAUUAGAGACAAUGUUAUAUAAAAGGAAUGGAAUAUCUGAUUAAUUGAGAUGGGACACUGAACUAAUUACAAAGUUGAGUUUCAUAUUUAAUACAAGAAAAAGCCCUCAAAAUUGUAUUCAUUAACUUUAGCUGCUGCAUAAUCUCCAGUCUGCAGUUGAGAAUGUAAGACACUUGUCCCAAACAUUCAAGCAAGUGUUACCAUGGAAUACCCAGGGUCUUCAUAUGGCCUUCCAAUGUUGCAUGCUUGCUCCUCCAUCUCUCAAAUAAACGGGAAGAUUGUGCACGAACAAUAAUCAGUCUAGGUAUUUGUGAAAGAAGUCCCACCUGUAAUAAUCCAUAUAAAACUGUUACAAGAGAAUUCUACAGGCUAGCCAUAUGAUUGAAUGGCAAUGCUGAUGGUUCUUUGAACUCCUUGAUAAACCUACAUGCACUGAAGUUAUUAAAUAGUCUGCAAGAAUAUGUAAUUACUUGUUUACAUUAUAUUUUCUAUAUUUGGAACAGCAGCUACAUGGUUGUAUAUGUCCUAAAAAAUAAAAAUGCCAAAAAUUGCUCGAUGAACUAGACAUGGAUGUGAAUAUAAUAUACCGUAUGCAAAGCUGUCAAAUGUAGUAUCUGAGUGACAGGUAAACAUUUUCUGUCCCCACCACAUUCCCAGCUCCCUCUUCCCACCCUACUACCUUCUUUCUUUACAUUUUAUAAAUUGGUUUCGUCGUUAGAUAAACUCAAUCUAUUACGUCAGCUCCUUUGAUGCCACAACAGAUUUUGAGCAUCUUUCUCUUUUGCGAUGAUAUUAGCUAAAUUCAGCAAAAUAAGUACAUCUUACAAUUGAAAUCCUUACUUCGUUUUCUUAAGUGUAAUAUAGGAAGAUGAUGGAGGAAAUAGAGUAUAAGUUACUUUUCUGCACUACAACAUAUCCAAAUCACUGUUGGCUUUCCAAAUUGUAUUACUAGGCCUGUAUUUAGUACAAAACUAGUUUUGUUUGUCUCUUGUGGUAGUUCCCAACCACCAGUCCAUAGACCAGUGCUGGGCAUUGAACCGCUGGCAGUCAGGCCGUGGCACACUGCCAGGCCACACCGAGGCCUUGAUGAUUGGCUCAGUGGGACUCUGGAGCAAGGCCCAAUCUGCCCAGAAACUCCCCUUCUCCUAUCCCCAGAUUGUCUCUUCUCCCUGCACCUAGCGCUGUGUUGGCUUCUCUGAAUGAUGCUGCCUUGAUGCAGGUGAUGCUGCCUGAGCCCGGGGGUAGGAUGAUCCCCAGGUUCAGGGGCUGCAGUGAGGGGGGGUGCUUGCUAGGGCCCAGCAGCAGCAGGC